GUCAAAUGUCAGUAGACGAGUGCUUUUUUAUUCAGUGAUUUUUUUUCUAGUUUUCUCACAAAUUAAUAACAGAAAUUAUAAAAUUCUAAAAACUCAAUUGAAACAGCUUCUUUGGAUAUUGCGUUAAUUAAAAAAUAACACAUCGCAUAAGAGAAAAUAUAUAUUAGCUGAAGAAAAAGCGAUAUUGCUGAAGCGGAAGUAGCUCCACCAGCUGGACAGUACUAUUAGAGGCGCCCAAAAACAGCCCAUCUCGGGUUGAUCAAAGUGCCACAAAAGAAAAAUUGGACAACACGCAACCUAUACGGUUGUUGUAGUAUCACCCAUUUCAACCAAAGAUGUCGAAUAUGUCGGUGGGACAAAUAAUUAUGGACGCACAGCGUAUUGCUAGUCGCGUAAAAGAUUUAGAACUGUUGGGUAAUGCUUUGCUGGUAGAAGCAGAAGGCAACAAUCGCUUGGUCGAAAGUUUGCGACAAUUUCAAGAUGAUAUGGAUUCGUUAAACCGAAUUUCCAACAACAAAUCGAAUUCUGAAAUGGUGAAUCGUAUACAACAGCAAAAUGCUACCAGUUCAGAAAUAUUGAAAGAAAAUCGAGAGCUAAAAAUAUGCAUUGAAGAUUAUGAACGCACCAUGGAGUUCAUAAUGCAAAAAUAUCGCGAACAUACAACCAGCAAAAUACUCGAAAGCAAAAUUAACUUCAAAGAAGUAUAUAAUGAGGAACUGUGGAUAAUCAUACGUGAACAGCGCGCCAAAAUCAGGGAAAUGGCCGUUGUAAUGCAGCGUGCAGCUUCUGUGGAUGAUGACGCUGUCCACCGGGAUAUGGAAACCAUGUCUCGACUGCGAAAAGAGAAUCAAAUUUUGCGUGAACUACUGCAGAUUUCCAAACAAUUUGGUUCUGCCAAUCAACCAAUUCGAAUCAAUGAGCAUAUGUUGGAAGAAAAGGGAAUUCAAACAGAUGGUGCGGACGAUUCGGCUGAUGAGUUAUCUCUAUCGGGUGCAUCUAUGGAAAAUGCCAAUAACAACUCAGUAAUUUCGCUAGUACCGAACGCAGUUGCUGUAUCCAAUGCCAUUAGUAGUUCUACACCCAGUAGCGACAAUAUUACCACUGCCGAUAACAUAAAUGCGUGCAAGGCAGCCACCUCACCAACUAUUGGCGAAAACAAUAACGGACCUUCGCCAGCUGAUGAGUCAGUGGCGAUUUCCAUUAUUCCUCCGAUAAAACAUUCAGAUUUAAUAGCGACAACAGUCAGCGCAGAAAACGCUAAUGCGGUUGACACUGCUGCCAAAGCUUCUUUGGCAAGCGUCAAUUCAACAUUGACGGGGAGUGAAUCUAGGGCGACACCAUCAGCAAACACAUCUGGGCCGGCGGUAGAGGUACAAAAAGCUGCAACAUGAUAGGCCGCAAGCUCUAGGCGAUUGCAUCGAUGUCGCCUGUCUUUGGGUUUUCAGAGUGAACAGUUAUACUUUAUUUCUACAUUUUCUUUUGUUCACAUAUAACAUUUAAUUCUAAAAUUUAUUUCUUAAUAUAUGAAAUUAUAAGCAUAAGCAUUCACUACCACUAACUUAUUUAAUGAUCGUUACUACAACAACACAAGUAACAAGAAGUAAAAUUGUAUUUAGCACUUGAAAUUGUUACUAAUUUAAACAAAAUCAAGAUCAAUAACACAUGCGAGUUGCAUAUGUCCUUUGGACUGUUGCGGCGUGCACCUUUAUUCAUAUAAAUAAAUAUACAUACAUACAAAUAUUUAAACUUAAAUAAAUUAAAAUGUACAAUAUUUAUGGUCCUUGGUUUGUUAGUGGAAUGAGUGUGAGUUAAUUAUUAAAAUUGAUUAGUUGGAAAAUUGGGAUUUUUUGAGAAUUGAGACUACCACUAAAAUAUUUUGCGCCAAUUCGUUAAAAUUAGCUUUAGAAAAGGAGUUUUCACUUGCAACUAGUAAUUUUUAAGCAAAAAACAAAACCGACUUCAAUUCUCAUAAAAAAAAUUAAGAUUAUCGUUAAAUUGGGCUCGGUUAAUAAUUCUUUUUUCAGCCUCACCUUCGAUAAAUAAUGUGGAAUAGAUUAGUAUUCGAUUCGAGAACAAGGCCAUUCUCCAGUAAAACGGAACCUUCGUUAUCCAACGUAUUAAAAUUUAAUUAGACAUAGUGAUUGUCUUAUAUUUCUCUUCGAAAAUGAGCUAGAUUUCACUUCCUCUCUUGUUUCUAUGGUUUUUAUUUUUUUUUUUUCGAAACCAUCUCAAGCAUAUUUCCAAUACACUAUGAACGUUGGAAAACUAAGAUGGGCUAUGAGUUCGUUCUCAGUUUGAUAUGCACAUUGGAUAUCGAAGGUCUUUUUCGAACGUUCGCCAAAAUGUUUAUAGGGUAAUUUCUUCAUGAUGCAUUGAUCAGAUUUGAAUCAAAUUAGUAUCGGACGUAACCGGAACUCUUUAGGGAACUUGUAUGCUGCUACAACCACGACAACCCUAAGAAACACACCAAACCUGACGCCGCAAGGCUAGUGGCGAUUUUUACUGGGCACUGACCGGUUGGCACCCAUGCGAGAAGGCCUGGCAGCGCUUACAACGACUUCUGUACAAACUACAGGAACAAAACCGAACCGGAAAAAGUAGAGUACCUUCUUUGCAAAUUUCCACUUUAAUGAGGAGCAGGUAUAGCAUACUAAGGGCAUAUGUAUGAGUUCAUAUCGUUAAAAGAGCUCUCAGAUAUAAGCCUCCACACCAUUCGCAGCUUUAUCAACCAGGCUGGUUAGUUCUAACAUAUCGAGGUAACGAUCUUCACGACGCCACAUCGAAUUAUGUGCUAAGCGGAAGAAAAAACUCUCAGAAUUACGUAUUCUUCUUUCGGUAAAGCACAAUAUACGGCUGGCCUCAAUAAUAUUCACUGUGAAGCCACCGACACCAGACAUGGUCUGCUUUGCGUCAAAAGAUAUCGCCCCUUGUUUUUUUUUGAGGAGACGGGAAAAGCAAUCCAUUACAAAGAGAUAAGAGUAGAAAGAACAAGAGAACCUCACCUAGAGGACAGAAUGUAAUAGCUCUUGGAUAUACAUAUUAUGUAUGUAUGCAGUGUUGGCAAAAUGUUAAUUUGAU